GAGACAGAGAGAGGAGCACUCCUGAAAGAAGACGACAGGCUAGUCCCCGGGGUCCGGGCUGAAGUCUGGGCUCGAGGGCGCAGCUGUCCGGCUACGGACAGCGUCGCCUUAGUGGCCUAGGAGGUAGUUGCGCAAGGCGCCGGCCGGAGGCUCGGAAGAGGGAUGCGCGGGGCGUUGCCUCCGACCCGCCGCCGCCGCCGCCCGAAGCCCCAGAGGAGCUGAGAGAGGCUACUCCGAAGCGCUGGCCCUGAGUGGCCCCGGCAGCGGCGCUGCCGGCGUACUAGGGCGCUUGCCCGGCUUGUGGGCCAACCCGGCUCCGGCGCCGCUGGUCCCGGUCCGGGGUCCGCCCCCCAGGCCCGGCCCCGCUCCAAGCUCCCAGAUGACCACCGAGGGCGGGCCCCCGCCACCUCCGCCGCGCCCGCCGCCUGCCCCACUCCGCCGUGCAUGCAGCCCGGCGCCCGGCGCGCUCCAAGCCGCCUUGAUGAGCCCGCCGCCCGCCGCCACCCUGGAGACCACCUCGUCGUCGUCAUCUUCAUCUUCAGCCUCCUGUGCCUCGUCCUCUUCCAACUCGGUCAGCGCCUCGGCGGGUGCCUGCAAGAGUGCGGCGGGUGGCGGCGGCGCCGGAUCCGGGAGUGGGGGCACCAAGAAGGCGACCUCAGGUCUUCGGCGACCCGAGAAGCCUCCCUACUCGUACAUCGCGCUCAUCGUCAUGGCCAUCCAGAGCUCUCCCAGCAAGCGCCUGACGCUCAGCGAGAUCUACCAGUUCCUGCAGGCACGCUUUCCCUUCUUUCGCGGCGCCUAUCAGGGCUGGAAGAACUCGGUGCGCCACAACCUCUCGCUCAACGAGUGUUUCAUCAAGCUACCCAAGGGCCUCGGGCGGCCCGGCAAGGGCCACUACUGGACCAUCGACCCGGCCAGUGAGUUCAUGUUCGAGGAGGGCUCGUUCCGCCGGCGGCCGCGCGGCUUCAGGCGGAAGUGCCAGGCGCUCAAGCCCAUGUACCAUCGUGUGGUGAGUGGCUUGGGCUUCGGGGCCUCGCUGCUGCCCCAGGGCUUCGACUUCCAAGCGCCCCCUUCAGCGCCUCUGGGCUGCCACGGUCAGGGUGGCUAUGGUGGCCUCGACAUGAUGCCCACAGGCUAUGAUACAGGCGCGGGUGCUCCGGGCCACGCGCAUCCACACCACCUCCACCACCAUCACGUCCCCCACAUGUCGCCCAACCCGGGCUCCACUUAUAUGGCUAGCUGUCCGGUGCCUGCAGGUCCUGCGGGCGUCGGUGCGGGAGCGGGUGGCAGCGGUGGCGGCGGUGACUAUGGGCCGGACAGCAGCAGCAGCCCAGUGCCCUCAUCCCCGGCCAUGGCGAGCGCAAUCGAGUGUCACUCGCCCUACACUAGCCCUGCGGCACAUUGGAGUUCGCCUGGCGCCUCACCUUACCUCAAGCAGCCUGCCCUGACGCCAAGCAGCAACCCUGCGGCCUCUGCUGGCCUGCACCCCAGCAUGUCCUCCUACUCGCUGGAGCAGAGCUACUUGCACCAGAACGCCCGCGAGGAUCUCUCAGUGGGACUGCCCCGUUAUCAGCAUCACUCCACCCCAGUGUGUGACAGAAAAGAUUUCGUCCUCAAUUUCAAUGGCAUUUCUUCUUUCCAUCCCUCCGCCAGUGGCUCCUAUUAUCACCAUCACCACCAGAGCGUGUGCCAAGAUAUUAAGCCCUGUGUUAUGUGAAUGGACAGAGGCCUUGAAGGCUGCUCUUCCUCUUCUCCCCUUUCCUCCUCUCCCCUCCGAGAGGGGCAGCUAGGAACUGCAACGGACUCGCAUUCUGUGCACACAGACGGAUAGCCCUAAGUAACACACUUACACAAAUGCCCAGGGGAGCCCUGCUCGCCGAUAUUUGCCCAUCGUUGGAAGAGGACACAGUUGGCAAGGCAAUACCCCGGAGGAGGGACAGAGAGCGGACGUGAUGGUAAAAUGUUACUACGUGUAAGACGUAAACUUUCAGUUCUGGGUGGUCAUUGCGUUCACUGAUCAGGGUCUGAAAAGGUGUGAGUGUGAGAGUGUGUGUGUGUGUGUGUGUGUGUGUGUGUGUGUGUUGGUGUGUGCUUUUCAAACAGGCAGUGCUAAAAGCACAGUAUUUCAAGAAAGCCUUAUUUAGUUGACUGGCCCAGUAGGAGAUUUUGCCCACCCCCACCCCCAACACUCCCUUCGGAUACAGGUGCCAAAGAACAUUGUGAAGAAAUGAAGAACCAACGAGCCUAGUUUAAGAAAGUGGCUCUCAGUAUUGGGACAAUACAAUAUUUUUUUUACAAGGUUUUCUUUCUACCACCAUAUUCUUAAAAAUAUUUUUAUGAUCUUCGUAUACUCACACUUUGCUUGUAUUUUAAAAGGAGGGUAUAUUUGCACUUCUGUAUACUUUUACAGUUUGCCAAACUAUUUUGAUGUAAGUUUUUUUUUUCAAUAAAAUGUGUUAAAUGUGUUUAACAAAUAGUUGUUUUAGGGACCCUUUCCUCUGCAGUCACCCCGUCAUGGCCACACACACC